CUCCAGAUCUCAAGCCUUGCACGUUUCACAGAACUUCAGUUCUUGAUAUAAAAUCCUUCUCCACUCUCUCUCUCUCUCUCUCUCAUAUGGCGAGUGUCGCCGCCAACGGUGAUGUGGCGCAAUCGGUAGAUGGACGUCAGAACGGCAUUGAUCAUCGGGAUAAAAAGGAGGAGGAGAAGAAGCUAUCGACCAGAGUGUGCAUUGAGACGAAGAAGCUAUGGCAGAUAGCAGGCCCCGCUAUCUUCACUCGGGUGGCAACGUACUCCAUGAAUGUCGUUACCCAAGCCUUCUCCGGCCACCUCGGGGAAGUCGAGCUCGCCGCCAUGUCCAUUGCUAACACCGUCAUAUUGGGCUUCAACCUCGGCCUCCUGCUAGGCAUGGCGAGCGCGCUAGAGACGCUCUGUGGCCAAGCCUUCGGCGCAAAGAGAUACCACAUGCUCGGCAUCUACAUGCAGAGAUCGUGGAUCGUGCUCUUCCUGUGUUGCUUCUUGCUGCUGCCAAUCUACAUUUUCACGACGCCGCUCCUAAAGCUCCUAGGCCAAGCCGACGAUGUCGCCGAGAUGUCAGGCUCAUUGGCCCUGUGGUUCAUCCCUCUUCACUUCAGCUUCGCCCUUGCUCUCCCGCUGGACAAGUUCUUGCAGAGCCAGCUGAAGACCGCAGUCACGGCCUGGGUCUCGCUGGCAGGCCUUGCCGUGAACGUGGUCGGGAGCUGGCUGUGCGUGUACGUCUUCGGCUUCGGCGUGGUGGGCCUGUGCGUCGUGCUGGAUCUCUCUUGGUGGCUCAUUUUCUUGGGAAUGUACUUGUACUCGGCUUGUGGGGGUUGUCCGACGACAUGGACCGGUUGGUCCGUGGAGGCGUUCUCAGGGCUGUGGGAGUUCUUCAAAUUAUCUCUCGCUUCGGGAGUCAUGCUCUGCCUAGAGUUUUGGUACUACAAGAUAAUGAUACUUCUGACUGGUUACCUGCGGAAUGCUACAGUUGCGGUGGACGCCUUGUCGAUCUGCAUGAGCAUCGACGGAUGGGAGAUGAUGAUCCCUUUCGCCUUCCUUGCUGCCAUCGGAGUGAGGGUGGCGAAUGAACUCGGGGCUGGAAACUCCGGGGCUGCGAAGUUUGCAACCAUCGUGUCGGUGGUUCAAUCGACUAUGAUCGGCCUCUUCUUCUGUGCGCUCGUAAUGAUCUUGCACGACAAGUUUGCCUACAUUUUCACAUCAUCCGCUCCUGUUCUCGAAGAAGUGGAAAGGCUAUCUUAUCUUUUAGGGGUUACGAUCCUCCUCAACAGUGUUCAGCCGAUUUUAUCAGGAGUUGCCGUCGGAUCGGGAUGGCAAGCAUAUGUUGCAUACAUAAAUUUGGGAUGCUAUUACCUCGUCGGGCUUCCUGUUGGAUUGCUCAUGGGAUGGGUGUUUCACUUUGGUGUCCUGGGCCUAUGGGGUGGCAUGGUAUUCGGUGGGACUGCGAUUCAAACAUUGAUACUUGCCCUAAUAACAAUCAACUGUGAUUGGGCGAAGGAGGCUGAGAAAGCUAAGGCACGGGUGGCAAAGUGGUCUACUCCAGAUCCUGAGCCGCUUGCUUCGGCCGAUGGCUAGGACUCUCAUCUUCAAUGUCGGAUCAGCCUCUAAUUUGUAUGCGCAGUUGAGUUUUCUGAUGCAUUUAAAUCUACUACAAAACUUGGCUGCAGUUAUUCAGAUAAAUCUCUCUGUGCAGCUCCAAUCUGAAGCAGGAGAAAUCAAGACAAAGGGUUCUUUUCCCCCCAUAGUCACGUCGAUGAAGUCGAAUCGCCAGCGUUGGUCGUGCAUGCCACCUCUCUUCAUGUAAAUUACGAACAAAAUGCUAUAGAUUUUUAAUUGGUCAAACGGUUGGUUCAAACACGAUGGAUGAUGUAUUCAGAUCGCAUACACAACAUCUCUUAUUCCUAUCAAUCUUUAUGGACUAU